CACCACCAGAGCUCCUGAUUUUUGGGUGGGGUGGAGAAAGAGGUGAUGUCUAUGCAAUAUGGUGCCUACCAUGGGUGCCACUUAGAAAUGAUUUCAAUGGCAAUAAUUCUUGUUACACAUAUUUAGAUAUAUAUAUAUUUUUAAAUAAUUAAGAGCUGCUUCUCUGACAAGGGUCAUAACCGGGCUGGGACAAACCCCAGUGGGCUUUCAGGAGGCAGCGUCCUGUCCCCAUUGGCUUUGUUCCUGCUCCAGGGCCUCUGUACAGCCUGCAGUUCCCUGAAGACUCUCUUCCCACCAUUUGCGCGGCCCAUCCCCCUCCCUCUGCCCUCACCUUGUGGCUCCCCCAAAUCCCCAGCCCCAACACAGCCGCUGCCCCCUCCAGUUCCCCUGCACCGCUGUCCCAUUCAGCACCGUCUUCGUCUGAAGAGCAGGGCUGUCACCAUGACGACGGAGGUGCUCCUGACCCAAGCCAUGGUCUUUACAGCCACCUCCUGGGCACGUGGAAGGUGGACGUUGAAUGAGGAAGACGGAAGAAGUGAUGCACUUGAAUGAUGGUGCCGGUGCCGCGGAAGAAUGCUCAACAUACCAUGCCUGCCCAAGGAACCCACACGUCGCCUUCCUGGGAAGGGGUACCACCAGAGUGCUCCUCACAAGUCCACCCACAGGGAGUCGCCAGCAGUUCAGGCCGAUUCAGAAAGGAUGUGGGCCCAGGGACACCAUGGCUGAGGUCAGACGGAUCUCGGCUUAACGCAGAGAAGACCAGGACGAUGCUGGCUCGCGUUUCACUGACUGUGCACAGGCACUCGGCUGUGAGGACCAUAAGGAGCGGUGGACCCCUGAGGAGAACGGGGAUUCCGGAACACUCCACUGUGCUCACGCGGAACUUGCACGUGGAUCAAGAGGCAGUUGUGUGAACAGAGCAGGGGGAUGCCGCAUGGCUUGAAAUCAGGAAAGAUUCUCACUUGGACGGUCCAGCCGGCGGCGACACAUGAUCCCAGCCCCACUUCCAGGCCAGCGUCCGGCGGCCAGGGCCCCAAGAUUCCGUGCAGGGGGACAAGAGCCCGUCUGUGCAGCCUCAGGAGGUGUGGUGAGGCCGAAGAUGUGCCAGGGCUGGGGAUAGUGCCUGCUGGGCAGAGCCACCACCACGGAGGAGCAGCAUUAGCCCUGUCCUGUGCUCCUGGCUGCCCGUCAUGGGCACCCUCAGCUGCGACCCUGCCCCGAGGCCCACCCCUCCAGCCCCGGGCCGGCGGGGCACCGACUACCAGAUCCCUGAGACAGGGCUUCGCAAGUCCUGUGCGGCGGCCGCCAUGGAGACUGGUGUUGGACCCAGCCUGUACGUCCUGCCAUCCACCGUGGGCUUUGUCCAGCAUGACUGUACCAAAGUGGCCAGUCCUGCCUACUCCCUGGUCCGGAGGCCCAGCGAGGCACUCCCUGAGGACAGCAGCCCUGGGCCCAUCUACUUCCUGGACCCCAAGGUCACGCGCUUUGGCCGGAGCUGUACGCCUGCCUAUUCCAUGCAGGGCCGGGGCAAGUCUCGGGGUCUGGAGGUGACGCCUGGUCCAGGGACCUACAGCCCAGAGAAGGUGCCCCCUGUGCACCAGCGGACACCCCCAGCUUUCACGCUGGGCCCCCGCCUCCGCCCGCAACUGCUGGACACUUCGGCCCCCGCCCCCAACACGUACACUCUCCCCUCCCUCUGGGGUUCCCAGGUUUUCGUCAAGCCCAGCAGUCCCAGCUACACGGUGGCCGCCCGCACCCCCCCAAUCCGCCCGCCGCAGAACCCCACGGAGAUCCCGGGGCCCGGCCAGUACAACAGCCCAGACCCCAAUGCCUACAGGCACCGGCGGCCAGCCUUCACCAUGCUGGGGCGGCCUCGCGCCCCGCGCCUGCGCGACAUGACGCCGGGUCCCGGCACCCACAGCCCUGAGCAGGUCACGGUGCACAAGGCCAGGGCCCCGGCCUUCUCCAUGGGCAUCCGGCACUCCAAGCGGGCCACCACUAUGGAUGCGGACACUAGCCCCUGAGGGCCAGCCGUCGCAGGGUGCUGCCCUCCCUCCCGCCCCCAGCCAGCCUGGGUCCCCCAGUGAGCUGGGGGCUUCGGCUGGAGGAGGGGCGCAGAAACCGCAGGAGGGGUCCUGGGAGCAGCACCUUGUCCCCCUUGUUCUCUGAAUUGUCCGAGG